AUGCUUGCACGCUUUGCCAGACGAAACUUCGCUGCAAAAAUUUGUUCAAGCGUGUCAGAAGCCGUAGAAGGGAUCCAAUCUGGAGCUUCCUUAGCUGUAGGUGGCUUUGGAAAUUCAGGAGUCCCUGAAAACCUUAUCAAGGCUUUGGCUGAUUUAAACUUGAAUAACUUAACCUUGGUCUCAAAUAACUGUGCUGUUGACGGGUAUGGUCUUGCUCAGCUGCUUGAAAAGAAGCAAGUUAGAAGAGUCGUGGCUUCUUACGUAGGAGAAAAUGCCUUUUUUGAAAAAGAGUAUAUAUCAGGCCAGCUGGAGCUUGAAAUUACGCCACAAGGAACACUAGCAGAAAAGUUAAGGGCUGGUGGUGCUGGAAUUCCUGCAUUUUACACCCCAGCAGGAUACGGCACUGUGAUCGGCAACGGUGGUUUCCCUAUCAAAUAUAAACCAGGUGGCAGCGGAGUGGAAGUUGCUUCUGAGCCUCGUGAAACACGUGAGUUUAACGGCAAAAACUAUAUCCUCGAAAAAUCAAUCACAACAGACUACGCCCUCGUCAAAGCGUGGAAAGGCGACAAACUAGGCAACCUUGUCUACCGAGGGUCAGCUAUGAACUUCAACCCUCUUUGUGCCAUGGCAGGAAAGCUCACAAUUGCAGAAGUGGAAGAAUUAGUCGAGCCAGGAGAAAUCGCCCCAUCAGAAAUCCAUACCCCAGCUGUCUAUGUUCACCGUAUCAUAAAAGGACCAACUUAUUUAAAGCCAAUUGAAAGGAGAACCCUUAAUACUGGAGCUGAAAUACAAGUCCCUGGCAAAGGAGAAGCCAAAGUUCUCAGAGAAAGAAUUAUUCGGAGAGCUGCCCAAGAACUUAAAAAUGGCAUGUUUGUGAACCUUGGUAUUGGUAUGCCAACUUUAGUCCCUAAUUUCUUACCACAAGGCAUUAAAAUUUAUUUGCAAAGUGAAAACGGGAUUUUGGGAAUGGGCCCAUACCCAAGACCAGGUGAAGAAGAUGCUGAUUUUAUUAAUGCAGGAAAAGAAACUGUGACCCUUAUAAAAGGGGCUUCUUUAUUCCACAGCUCAGACAGCUUUGCUAUGAUCAGAGGUGGUCAUAUCCAUUUAAGCAUUUUAGGAGCUUUACAAGUGUCAAAGGAUGGAGACCUCGCCAAUUGGAUUGUCCCAGGAAAAAUGGUAAAAGGCAUGGGUGGCGCUAUGGACUUGGUAUCUUCCCCUACUAGGUGUAUCGUCACAAUGGAGCAUAAGACUAAAGAAGGUCCUAAAUUAUUGAAUAAAUGUACAUUGCCGCUGACUGGAAAACAAGUUGUGAGCAUGCUGAUAACUGAACUUGGAGUGUUCGAUUUCAAACGAGAAGGAGGAAUUACUCUGGUAGAAGUUGCUAAUGGUGUGACUGUGGAUCACAUUAAGGCAAAUACCGAGUGUUCAUUUAUUGUGGCCUCUGAUCUUAAAGAAAUGAAAACGAACUAA